AUGCAGCGAGCUUCCAAUACCGCGAAAUUCACGAAAAUGUUCAGCGCCAUGAGCGACUGUGGGAAACUAUCGACACUUUCGCGCCUUUCAGAUAUUCUCGAUUGCCGCCUUUGCUACUUCGUGUCUGUCUUCUUAGCAACGCGAAAAUUUAUUGAUUUCUUCUCUCAGCUGCCUGAAGAUGUAUCGAAGAAGAUACUGGAGUAUCUUGGUCCGCAGUGCCUACUCAAUGCGGGCAUGGUUUCGAAAGCAUGGAAGAAUUUGGUGGAAGACAAAGACUUAUGGAAAUCCCAGAUCAAAAACGCAUCUUUCCCUAUGCCAGUGUACGAUGAAAACAUGAUCGCAAAAGACUUUUUCAUGAAACACGCUCGACGCUUCCAAAGAUGGAAAUUGUUUAAUCCCCUUACGCGAACAAUUUCGAAGUGGCCAGCAACUCUAGUUGUCAAGCUCAAUGAUAGAAUUAUAUCUGGGAGCAAAGGAUGUGUUCGUAUUUGGGAAUCGUCAAAGAUAAAUAUCGAACCAGAAGGAGUUGUCUCCAUCGGAAAAGCAGAUACAAAUGCAUUUAUUCCUCUCAAUAAUCAGCUUCUCAUAUUCUGUUCAAAUGGCUAUUUGAAGGUUCUCGACUUUACAGAUUGCGCAUCACGGAGUAUGGAAGAACCCAAAUUUGAACAGAAGCUAUCAAAGCAUCCACUGACUUGUGCUUCAAGAUGGGUCGAUAGAGCAAACGAAAAUAACGGAGAAGUCAUCGUUGUUGGAGAUGGGGACGGAAACAUCAUUAUUUAUAAUUACGAAGAUAAGGCUAUUAAAAUGAAGAAGAAAAUUCACAAAGAUGAAGUUUUAAAAGUGUCCGUGCAUUUCGCUUUUGAUAUGCAGGAUGCUAUAAUUGUCUCUGGUGGAAAAGACUUUUCAAUCAAGGUGACGAAGCUCUCAACUCUCACUCUUAUGCAUUCGUUUUCUAUUGCAUCUGCCUUAACAUCCUUCCACGUUCUCUCUUCUGGUGAAAUUAUUAUCGUCAUGAAAAACUCAGUUGCUAGAAGCAAUCUCCUCCAAAUGAAAAGCGAGCCAGUUUGGGAAACAAAAGUAUCAACAUAUUUUACCUCAUCCGAAAUUAUCUUUCAAGAUGGCCAAAGAUGCAUGGUUCUAAUUGGAACUAUCGAGGGGAAAAUCUAUAUCGUAGACGCAGAAAGCGGUUCGAUUCAAAGUAAAACAAGAGCUCAUCGUGGCGAAGUAAAAAGCAUGCUGCAAAUCGAAGACACAUCUCUUCUGUCCGCCGAUGCCGGCGGAAUAGUAUUUUCAACCUUUGCAUGA